AUGCCAGUUCUGCAACUCUCUGAGGAUCUCCAAGGCAUGAAGAUUCAUCUUCUUGAGUCCCAGAAGCGAAAAUCAGAGACUAUGAAGCCAAUUCUAUCAUCGAAAUCGCCUGAAGCCUCAACGGAUCUUGCACACCGACUUGACCAGCUGCAAGUUUCCUUUAUACUCGCAGAUGCGAUAGAGCAUAUUGCCCGCGGUAUUCUUGGUGAGGCUAAGAGGGAAAUCGAGCGAGCAAUGGGCAUUACGGUUAAUCUCAAUGAUGAAAUCAGCAUCGCUAGAUGCCAUUACUGGAUGGGUCGUGUGGAAAUUGAACGCAACAACCUACCUCUCGCGUACGAGUACUUUAUGGAUGCACGGCCUUGUGUCAUGAGCGAAAAAUAUCCAGAAGGCCAAAGUCUUGAGUAUUAUCUCAAACUUGCAAAAUCUGGAGGUAACGAACAUGAAUCCAGACAACCCCCCGACCAUAUUGAACGUGAGUCAAGAAAUGGAGGACAGAGGAGCUGUGAUGUGAGCGAAACGAGUCGCUCGCCCAUGAAGCGCAAGCGAGAUCGAAAGACCUGGGAUCUCGUUCUGCGACCGGUAAAGUCAGAGGGCUGUAUGAAGAUACAGCAAGGAGCCGCGCGAGAAAAACAAAAGUCCACAAGUCGAGCCACUACGUGGAUAGUGCGAGAUAGAGAAGACGUCCUUCAUCCAAACAAUCCUUUGGCAUUAGCUGCGACUGAUGAAAAUCAUCUGGAAUGGCCCCAGAAAGUUAACACUACACAUGUUCCACCAAAGAGUCGAUAUUUCACCUUUCGUUGCUAUCCUCGGGGACUUGCAUCUCGUACGCGAACCACGGAGAUAUUCAGCGAGCAGCCGGGGGAGAAUCUUUUGUCUGCUGAUGCAUGGGUCUGUUUACGAGAGCGCACAAAGAACCAAAGAUUAACACUCCAAUAUCUGGAGAAUGAAUUACUGCGAAAUAUCAAGCAAACGAAAUCAAGGCUUAUUGCCAACGCCGAGUUGGGGAGUUGCAGGAAGGAGGUUGAUGAAGAAUGA